CCUCAGCCCGGUCGGACGGUAACAGAGCCCGGCCCCGGUGGUUCAGCCUCCGGUCGGUGAUCGUCAGCCAUGUUGUUGGUGUGACACACCAAGCUGUCAGCAACAGGUUCUUUUGGACCCGAACGCCUCUCCGUGGGCUCUGAACUCGACGAUGUUCGUGUGAAACCGUCCAGAAGUCGUCGGAUGAUCGUUUCUUCUCCGGAAUAUAUUAUUUUUGGAUCGUUUGAGAUGGCUGUGAGCAGAAGCUGAGGACACCACUGGGAGUUCUGCACGUGCAAUCAUGAAUGGUCCAGCUAUAUGGGCGAUCUCUCCCGAGGAGAGAGUAAAACAUGAUCAGAAGUUUGACACCCUCUCCCCAUCGAUGGGCUACAUCUCAGGAGAUCAGGCAAGGAAGUUUUUCCUGCAGUCAGGGCUGCCUGCCUCAGUGCUGGCUGAGAUCUGGACCUUGGCCGACAUGAACAUGGAUGGGAAGAUGGACAGGUUGGAGUUUUCCAUCGCGAUGAAGCUCAUAAAGCUCAAACUCCAGGGUUCAGCGCUUCCCUCUGCGCUGCCCAUCAUCAUGAAGCAGCCUCCAGUACCUGCUCCCACCUCUGUCAUGUCCGGCCCUAACUAUGGCAUUGGCUUCAUGCCCAUGAUGGCUGGCUCCAACCUCGCCAUGUUGACUCCGUCUAUGGCGUCUCCUGGACUCUCAGCUUUAACACCAAUGACCGGCCUCAGCCCGUACGUUCCUGCAUCAACAGGGCUGAACCCACUGAUGGGCUCCGCUACCACCAGGCCCAUGAUGCCCACUUUGGGAAACAAGGCCCUGUCCAACGGUUCCACAGGAUUCCUUCCAUCAGUCACUGGUGGACCUAUGACUGCUGGGCUGCCUCUUUCUGCGACCCCGUACCCGUCUCCAGCUGGACUCUCAGCUUCUCCUGCUGCUAUGAACUCAGCCCUGCUGGAUCUUGGCAGCUCUGCUCCGUCGUCUCUGUCGAUAAUGUCCCCUAUGAAUGCUGUUCCCAGCGACUGGGCGGUGCCGCAUGCCUCAAGACUGAAAUACAGGCAGCAGUUCAACAGCCUGGAUAAACAGAUGACUGGAUUUCUCACAGGUCAGCAGGUGAGAAACGCCAUGGCAACCACAAUGCUGACACAGACACAGCUGGCCUCUAUCUGGAAUUUAUCUGAUGUUGACAAGGAUGGCAAACUGAAAGCAGAGGAGUUUAUUCUGGCGAUGCAUCUGGUGGACCUGGCAAAGAUGGGGCAACCGCUGCCUCUGACGCUUCCACCUGAUCUGGUACCACCUGCACACAGGAGUGCAGUGAAUGGCUCCAGCUCUUCCUUCUAUUCAGCUAUGAUUGAUGACCUGGACAUAGAGCCUCCACAGAAAGCCAGAACUAACAUGUCGUUUGAGGAUAAGUUCAAAGCCAACAUGGAGCAAGGCAACGCCGAGCUGGAGAAAAGACGACAGGCUCUGCUGGAGGCGGAGAGGAGGGAGCAGGAGCGGCGCGCUCAGAAGGAAAAGGAGGAGCAAGAGAGGAGGGAGAGGGAGGCCCGAGAGGCCGAGGAGAGGAGGAGGAAGGAGGAGGAGCAGAGGUUGGAGCGACAGAGGGAGCUGGAGAGGCAGCAGGAGGAGGAGAGACAGAGAGAGAUUGAGAGAAGAGAGGCUGCACAGCGGGAGCUCGAGCGACAGAGGCAGGAGGAACUGGAGAGGAGGAGGAAGGAGGAGGAGCAGAGGCUGGAGCGACAGAGGGAGCUGGAGAGGCAGAAGGAGGAGGAGAGACAGAGAGAGAUAGAGAGAAGAGAGGCUGUACAGCGGGAGCUCGAGCGUCAGAGGAAGGAGGAGUUUGAGAGGAGGAAGCGAGGUGAGCUGCAGGUAAAAAGGGAGCUGGAGCGAGACGAGAUCAUUAAGCUAAAGGCAAAGAAGAGAAGUCUGGAGAUGGAGCUGGAAGCAGUGGGUAACAAGCAGCGUCAGAUUUCUGAUCGAUUGCGCGACAUUCAGAACAAGAAGAAGAUUCAGGAGACGGAGCUGGAUCUGAACAUCCAGAGGAAAGGGACACGCCAGCAGGAUAUUUACACCCUGCACAAACAGAUAGAGGAAUUUCAGACAAAGUUGUCCCAGCUGACUCCAGAGAAGAAGAAACUAACGGAGAAACUCCAGAGCAUGUCUCUAAAUAACCUGCCAACGUCGGCCAUGUCCGCCCUGAAGGGGAAUGUUUUGGAGAAGAAGGGAACAUGCAUGAAACUGCGAGAGCAGCUGGAAGCUCUGGAGAGAGAGACUUCUGCCAAACUGGCGGAGAUGGACCGCUAUAACAAAGACAUGCAGCCCGUGGUGGGGAAUCUGUUCGCUCAGGCCCUGUGUGACUUCACAGCCAAGACGGAGAAUCAGCUGAACUUCAAUAAGGACGAUGUGAUCCGUGUGCUGGAGCAGCAGGAGAGCUGGUGGAUGGGAGAGCUGAACGGCGCACGGGGCUGGGUCCCCAAGAAUUACGUGACCCUGCUGGGAGAGGAGGAGGGCUCAGACAUGAAGAGCUCCGCUCCUGAUGCUGCAGAAUCUGCUGACAGCCUUCAGCAUGAAGAGUACGUAGCACUGUACACAUAUGAGUCUCAGCAGCACACUGACCUGACAUUUAAAGAAGGAGACGUGAUUUUGGUGAACAAGAAAGAAGGAGAGUGGUGGAACGGCUCGACGGGGGAGCGCUCCGGCUUUUUUCCAGGCAACUACGUCAAACCCAAAGAGGCAGACGCAUCAAGCAUAUCUGGAAAGAAAAAACAAGAAAUCGCCCAGGUGACCCGAGCCCACUCCUCUGCUGGCCCCGAUCAGCUGAAUCUGGAAAACGGCCAGCUGAUUCUCAUUUUUGGCAAGAACUCCUCUGGCUGGUGGCUCGGAGAACUUCAGGCUCGUGGAAAGAAGCGUCAGAAAGGCUGGUUCCCAUCUUCUCACGUUAAAAUCUUGUCAUCCAACAGUGGUAAAUCCACGCCGGCACCCCAGCCAGUCUGCCAGGUGACAGCCAUAUACGACUACAGCGCUGCCAACCAGGACGAGCUGAGCUUCUCUGAGGGGCAGCUCAUUAAUGUUUUAGACAAGAGCAACCCCGACUGGUGGAAAGGAGAAGUGAACGGGGUCACCGGCCUGUUCCCCACUAAUUAUAUCAAGAUGUCAGCAGAUUCUGACCCCAGUCAGCAGUGGAGUUCAGACCAGACCAGCUCAGACUCUUCAAACCCCCUGGAUAAAAAAAGACAAGGUUAUAUCGACGAGCUGAUUGAGUCUGAGGAGAGAUAUGUGGAGGACUUGCAGGUGGUGUUGGAGGUUUUCUACAAGCCCAUGUCUGAGUCAGGCCGACUGAAUAAAACGGAGAUGGACAUGAUCUUUGUCAACUGGAACGAACUGCUGGGCUGUAACACCAAACUGGUCAAGGCUCUCCGUCUUUGUAAGAAGAACGGCGGAGAGAUCACGCCGGUGCAGAAGAUUGGAGACAUCCUGGCGGCCGAGCUGACCAACAUGCAGCCCUACAUCCGGUUCUGCUCGAGCCAGUUCAACGGCGCCGCGCUGCUGCAGACCCGCACGGACAACGAGCCGGACUUCAAGAGCUUCCUCAAGAAAAUUGCCACAGACUACAGGUGUAAAGGCAUGCCGCUGUCCAGCUUCCUGCUGAAACCCAUGCAGAGGAUCACACGCUACCCGCUUCACAUUAAAAAAAUUCUGGAGUGCACACCAGAGGGACACGGUGACCAAGCUUCCCUGAAAGAGGCUCUGGAGACGGCUGAGGAACUCUGCAAACAGGUGAACGAGGGCGUUAGGGAGAAGGAGAACUCUGAGAGGCUGGAGUGGAUUCAGAAUCACGUACAGAGUGAAGGUCCUCUGGAGAAUUUGGUCUUUAACUCUAUUACCAGCUGUUUGGGUCCCAGGAAACUUCUGCACAGUGGUAAACUGCACAAGGCAAAGAGCAACAAGGAGCUGUGGGCGUUCCUCUUCAACGACUUCCUGCUCUUAACUCAUGCGGUGAAACAGUUUACCUCAUCUGGGCCCGACAAACUGUUCAGCAACAAGAACAAUGUGCAGCUCAAGAUGUAUAAACCUCCUGUGCUGCUGAACGAAGUCCUGGUGAAGCUUCCGGAACCGUCCAGCGACGAGCCGAUCUUCCACAUCUCGCACAUCGACAGAGUCUACGCUCUGAGGACUGACAACAUCAAUGAGCGGACGGCAUGGGUUCAGAAGAUAAAGGUGGCGUCUGAAGAGUUCAUCGAAACUGAAAAUAAAAAAAGGGAAAAAGUUUAUCAAGGUUCCUCGGGAGGACGGAGGUUCCCGUUGCAACCAUAAAGAAAGAGUUGGAGAACAAGGGGCCGGUGACUCGCCGCCUGCUGCUGCACGAAGUCUCGACCGGCGAGGUGUGGGUGCGACUCGACCUGCAGCUCUUCGCCAGCCAAUAAGAAGCCGAAACAACAAACUGAACACCUGAUCAGGACGGAUUCAUGGAACGGGACGAGCUGCUUGUUUUAAACACACCAGGAUGGUUCCUCUCACACGUAGAACACUGACUUGAAUGUAUUUUUUUAACAUCUUCUGAACUGUAUUUUCCACACGAUGCCUUAAAAAGUGCCAUCCUAACCAGCACUAAUGUCUUCCUCAGCCUCCAAUUCAAUUCAAUUCAAUUCAAAAAAUACUUUAUUGAUCCCAGAGGGAAAUUUGGUAAUCUCUGAUAAAUCCAGCAAUAAGAAACUUUAUUUUUUUCUGUUAUGAUGGUGGGAAGUGAAGCUUAGGGCAUCAGUUUUGUGUCUGCAGCAUAGUUUCUCACUGAAGACCUUUUAAAAGAAAACAAGCUUCCAAAGCUGGAGAUCGUUUGUCUCCAAAUGAAGCAUGGGUCAAAUGAACCAAGUUUAGAAAGAAGACGUUCUGUUCUGAUUCAUCUCUGUUGACUCUGUCACAACAGUUGCUUUAAGUAUUUUCAUUUUGCCAAAUCUUCUCAGCCAAGGCCAUCGAACGAGUCAACGAUCAACUAACAGGUUGUUGUUGUUUUUUCCUAACCAUCUAAAAGGAUGUGUCCAAGUAUUGUAAAUAUUUCUCUCUCAGAGAUGAUGACUACCUUUGAGAGGUUCGGGCUGACCUACUUUUUGGGCCGUCACCGAUCACACACUGGUUGGAUCGGUGUUGUCCUCUCACAACAGACAUUUAGAGCGUCACAAACAGCGGAGGACAGAUGACGGACGGCAACGUAAAACACUUCCGACAGCCAGGAGACGAGGUUUCGGGUUGUAGCACUCCUCCAGAGUCAGUUUACUGAACGCAGACAGAAGAGCUCGGGAUUUACUUUGGGGUCGAGUCUGUGUCACAGCAACACUACAGUCAAGUCGUGUAGGUUUUUUUGUGUGUGUGUGUUUAUAUACCGUAUGUGUAAAGAUACUAAAACAGGUCAUUUUUCAACUUCUGAUGCUGAAACGGAAUAUCUUUGGUUUUUAUCCCAGCCCUCCGCUGUCUUUCCCAGUUUCUAAAAUCAUUUGGGAUGAAGAUGAAUUUUUUUUUCUUUAGGGAACAAAAUCAGUCGGACGAGGAACUGAUGUAGGUGACUUUGAGGGUGUAAACUUAAGUUUGUCACAAUAAUAAAUACCAUAGUAAUUUCCUCGUUAAAUAUUUUUCUGUACUCAACGUGCCUGAGCUGUUUUUAAGCAUCACCCUCAUAAAUACAAAGUUCACAACUGUUGCCUCAUAAAGUCCCUUUUUAUAAACGUGCAGCCUGAAAUCUUAACAAGGUUUUUUUUUAUAUUUGUGUUUUAAGGUUAGACUAGGAUCUCUGGUUUUAAUUCCUAAAUGUCUUUUGCUCUGAAACUAAAUAGAGAAGUGAUGUAUUUAUUUCUUAAUUUAUGCGUGCGACUAUCCAGAGGCCUUCGCUGUUGUUGAGGAUGAUCUGCUGAUCAGCUGGGCUCAGGUGAAGGUGUGUCUCUUGUGUAACAGGAGUUUGAUACGGUUUUAACUUUUAGCUCAAAGAUGAAGAUGAGUUUCUGUUUAAUCACCAAGAGUUUUGUUUUUGUGUCGUGUGUUAACAUUUUUGAACAUGUGGAGAAUGUGUAAAGAGACUUAAAUCAGCUUUGUCUUGUCAGAAAUCUGGUGUGUUUGUUUUGUAUUUUUUCUUCAGUCCACUCUAACCCACAACAUCAACCAGCUGUUUGUUUUCACACCGACCUCCUUGUGCUGCUCUGAACCAGGUUUUCAGAGGACAAAUUAAAGACAUUAAAAUGGAGCAAAGUGUCGAA